CCCUAGUGGUGGUCGGGGAUCGAGCGACGUGAGCAGCAAGUGAAAAUCACCGACAGAGAAGUGAGAAGCAUUCCUGUAGCUGCACCAUCACACCUCCCUAACCCCCCGUACACCCCUUUAACAACAGCCUACAGGGUACACAAGCUGGUGUGGGUGUCCUACAGUACAUCAGUACAGCAGUACAGCAGUACAUCAGUACAACAUCAACAGCCAGCGUCUGGCGGACACAAACUCAAGAAAGACUGACUCGCCGUACUCUCUCACUAAACUCCUGUCGUGGGAGGAGCAUUGACAGGGAGGAUAAUGAGAAGUGACUACCACUAGGGGGGGAGGUGUAUGUGACAGUAAGAAAGGGAGACCUACCUUCAACAUUCGCCAUAAACACACAAGGGGGGCUGGUGGAGGUGUGUCCCGCCACAGGGCGUUACGCGAUACCACGUGCCAGAAAUAGUUUUGAGAAAUUACCAGAAAAUUGUAAGAAGAGGCGGCGAGAGUGCAGCCUGCUCCUAGUCUCCUGCCUGCUGCACAUGGCGCCACUCGUGCCACUGACUUCUGUCCACAGCACAGUCGUCGUGGACGUGAUGAUAGUCAUCGCUCUUGUCGUCAGCAACGUCAUCCCGGCGGCCGGACAGGAACACCCGCUGCGGCAGAUGCAGCUGGAGAUACCGGAGGGCGCGGUGAUGGUGGAGUGUCGGUUCAACGUGUCCAACCUGGUGCUUGUCAACAUGUCGGAGAGAGGACAGCCCCACAAUGUGUUCGCUGGGGUCAAGGAGAGGAGGUGUGAAAGGUUACUGACCUUCUCACACUGUCGGUUCACCGAGGAUUCUGUCACCCUGUGGGCAGUCUUCACAAACGUGACAGUGGCAGCUGCUCGCACCGUCUUCUGCAACCAGACGACCAUCGCAGACGAUACGACUGUCGACAAGUCUUUCAACAUCACUUUGGGAGAUUAUAUCACACCAGCACCAGACAUCGGGACUACUACUGUUGCCACAACAGAGAAAGCUACAGCAGCUACCCUGCAGGCCUCCUCAUGUCCACUAAAUGAAGCGUCUACAUCGUCGGUGAGCAUCCUGCUGGUUGCUGUGGUGGUGGUGCUGGCAGUCCUCACAUCACAUCAGCGCCUCCCAUGCAAGUGAUGAAUUCAUUCGACAGUCAACAGGGAGUCAUCCAUUUCCUCUGUUUAUGUUUCAAGCCUCACUCCGGGUAGAUGAACAGUUCUGGGAGGUCGUCUGUACGGACAAGCAGGCGAAUAGUUGCUACAGUCACAAACAUUGUGUGUGUGUGUUGGAGAGUGUGUGUUGGAGUGUGUGUUUGUGUGUUGGAGAGAGAGAGAGAGUAUUUAUCGUCGCGUGCUGUGGUUUGCUGCCUUGUGGGUGAGGUGCUGCACCAGGGUGAAUGGUGGAGGGAAGAGCCCCCCAGUGGCAGUGGCUGUCGAGGUCUGAAGACUUGAAGCUGUGUGUCUACGACCUGUUGCCCUCCAGCUGUGCGCUACUCCUACACAGCUGUCCAUACAGCAGCUGCCGCAGCAGGCGACGGUGAGGUAUGGCGGCUGGCGUGUCCACCUACAAUAUGAGGAUGUGGAUGGUGGGACGUGGCAAGACGUCUCUGUCGGCAGGUGUCGCUACUCGGGUAGACUGUCAGCCUGCUGGUGAGCUUGGCACCACUCGCUCUGACACUGUCAACCACAGCCUCAGCCACUCCAUUGUUGAUCUCUACCUCGAUGUUUGUCGUGUGGAGACCUCUGCACAGGGAGGGGAAGGCUUGAGGUUGCCUCCCUUCACUGAGGUGAGCAGCUCCUUGGACGGCUUGUGAGGGCACCUAGAGCAGGGUGUCAGGCUCCGGGGUACCCACGGUCACCUAGAGUAUGACGAGUCUUCAUGGUACUGAUGGUCAGCAAGUGCGCCGACACUCAGUCUCCCUCAGACAUCAUGUGACCCUGGGUACAUGUGAACCUGGGUACUAUGUGUGUGGGGUACAUCCAUCAUGUGACCCUGGGUACUGUGUGGGCAGCAGUCAUCAGCGAACUACAUCCCUAAUUAUGUUGACAUUAAUGAUGUAGCUCCGUAGACUGAACAGUCUGCCACCCACCUGAUGUCGGACUGCAAGCCCCUCUGUUGUCACGAAGAGUUAUCCGUUUGUACAUGUGUAUGCGUACUUGUCUGUUGGCUCGUGUGUCUUUGCUGAUGUCCGUGUACAUGAUUGUCUGUACUCACCUGAAUGUUAUCCCGUGUUUGUAUCAAUCCGCCAGAUGAUGCGGAGGGUUUUACAUUAUUGUCAAGACCCUAGUUGCAGGUUAUUUGUGAAUCGUGCAGGAAGGUGUUUGUUGUCUCUUGUGAAAUGAGAACAUACAUCUGAGAUGACUUACUGGUGACGUACUCACCACACGUCACUUGUCUGUGACUGACUCCUGGUGUGUAGCCUUGUGUAAUAAAUCAUUUUAAAGUAGCAAACACUACUGGUGUCGCAUGUUCAUUAUAAAAAGAAAAUCUGUGAAGAAAUCAAAUUAAUGUUGUGUUUGUGAAAUGACUGUCGCUGAUGACGCCACGGCACCAUCUGUCGAUGGACUA